GUGUGCUGCUCCUGCCAAGGAAGUCCCCGUCCGGGGAGCGGGACUGCGCUCGGGGUACCCCUGAGAGCCCUCGGCCAGGACAGCCCUCUUGAGGGCCGCCGGUCCGGUGGGGUGGGGGCGCAGGUUUCGACUUCAGCGGGAGGGUGCGUCCGAGCUGGCUCGUUGUGAGGCGGGGCCGCCCCUGUGCCCUUCUGCUGGGGGGGCGAAAGAGGGAGGGUAUGGGGUGUGCGGGCAGCUGCCGGGGGUGGGCGAGCCGGCCGGCCGGCUGGCUGGCGCUCGGAACGGCACCGGGGGUCCUUUCUUCACGUGUGGGGUUGGGGACAGGAGGCACCAUCUGCUUGGGUCGUGGCGGAGCAGCAGCUCUUCCGUCAGUCACUUCAACCCGCCCGUGUUGACGACUGCCUUAAAGAGCUCUCUGCUUAGAUUUGAAGAUGUCUAAGAAGAAACUGAAGACAUUAACUGGAAAGGAAGAAAGUUUGGAUGGCCGGGAUGACAAAAGCAUUGAAGACAUAAGAUCUUAUAAUUGUACUAUGAAAGAAGAGACAGAAUUUCAGAGAUUCAAAACAGGGAAAGAUGGGCAAGAGGAGAAGCAAGACCGAAGUUCUAAUAGUUCUCAUGGCACUGAUGGAAAAUCCAGAGGAAAAUCUUCAAAUAGAAGCAAAACCACAGACAAUUCUUUAAGCCAAACUGAAAAGCAAAAGAAAGUAGUUAUUAAAUUUAAACCCAGAGAAAUUAAACAUGGAAAAAGUACAUGCACUCCUGAUGUAGUGACUACUAGCAAAGAAAGUUACAACAAAAGUCAUUUUGAUGGGACAGAAGGAAGAAGACUCUGGCAUAGCUUUGCAGUUCAGAGGAACAAGGCACUGAAGAAAAAGACAGAGAAAGCUGAACUUUGUAAACUAAAGUUAAAAGGAGAACAAACUAUGUUGGAAAAAUUUAAGUCAUCUGUGUAUGAUUCACAUGUACCACAUAAAAAGGCAGAUGGAAAAAAAUUGAGUGAAGGUGUCAGAAGUCCAAAAAAGCGCUCUGGCACCUCUGCAGGGAGUGUGCAUGAUAAUAGGUCUUUCACUGAGAAGCCAAAUAUAUUAUGUAGGACUUGGGAAGAAGAGUAUGAAGAUGAAUAUAAAGAGUUUCCUAAGAAAAAACAGCAUGUGAAUAAACAUACACCCUCAUGCUAUUCGACUGAAAUACUACAACGAUGGGACUCUUGUAAACAGAAGAAACAGGAUGCUGAUUCUGAUAAGGCUACUGGUAAUACAGGGAAUGAAAAAAGGGACUUCAAAGCCACAGGAUUAUAUUUUAAGCAGAAGACUGAUAGAUGUUCUGCUUCCAUUCCUUCUUGUUUCUCAAAUUUUGAAGUCCCAUGCACAUCUGACUCCUACCAAGAAGGUGAGGACACAAAGUCAGUCCAAAAGAGUUUUGAAGUCUUUCCACCUCUUCAAGACAGUCAGAUCCCUGAAACAGACCAAGAGAUGCAGAUAGUUGAAGAUUUGCAUGUUGCCCGUGUUCAGAAGAGGAUGGUGCUGCCUAUAGUACAGACUUGUGGAGAACUUACAAGUAUGGAAAUAGAUCUUCCAGAGCAGGAUUUAAACAUUUCUGCUGAGGCUUUUACUUCUGGUCUGAACAUACUAGUGGUGAUUGACACAAAUAUAAUGAUUAGCCACCUGGAGUUUGUCAGAUCCCUGAAAUGUGAGGAUAUACCAGGUGUUGGCAGACUCACAUUAAUAAUUCCCUGGGUUGUUCUACAAGAGCUGGACAACCUGAAGAAGGGGAAAAUGUUGCAGCAUGUUCGGGACAAAGCUAUCCCUGCAGUCCAGUUCAUCUACAUGUGUCUCAAAAACCAAGAUUCAAAAUUGUGGGGGCAAUCCAUGCAGCUUGCUUCUCAAAAAAUAUAUGGCCUGAGUGAUGAGAACAAUGACGAUCGUGUUUUACAAUGUUGUCUGCAGUAUCAGAACCUCUUUCCUCAAGCUUUUGUCAUACUCUGCACGGAUGAUAAAAAUUUAUGUAAUAAAGCCAUUGUGAGUGAGGUCAAGGCAUUCUGCAAAGCUGAUUUGGUUACUGCUCUACAGAAUCUGAAUGUAAACAUGCGGCAGAACUGUUUUGAGUUGCAGCAGUCAAAAUGUGAUACAGAAUUCAAGAAAACAGCAAGAGGUGAUGCUAGUCUUACUGCACGAUGCCCAGAUAUACUUCCAGACCUUGAAAAGAACUUAGGAGAAGCUUUAUCUUGUAUUCUGGAGACUGAAAUGAAAAUUGCAUUUGGAAACCUAUGGAUGGAGAUACUGUAUCUGAAGCCGCCAUGGACAUUAGCAAACUUGCUGAAGUGUUACAGAAAACACUGGAUGGCUGUUUUUGGUUAUAUUGUGCCAAGGAGUUUACUUUCAACUGUUGAAUGUCUCUAUAGACACCUUUGUACAGGUAAACCAGUUGACCCCUCAACAAUGUGUAUCUUGCUCCAGGAAUCCAAAAAAUUAUUCCAUGCUUUCAGUUCAAGGUCAGACUAUAAUGGUGUACUUCCCCAAGCUUAUGCUGAAGUGAAUAAGCUAUACCAAACACUUACAGAGGUGAGGUCAGACAGUGAGCAGGAUUUAUCAGGAGACAUCAUGGUUCUUUCAAAAAAUGCUGUAUGUGAAAAAAUGGAAGCAAUGACGCCAAAUCUACAAAGCUCUGAAGAAAAAAAGUUACAUCCAAGCUUUCACAUGACUCAAGAAAGCAGGCACCAGGAAAUCUGGUCCGUCCUUGAAGGUGUAUGGAAUACAAUAAACUUGUACAGUAUUGAAAUUUUCCAAAAGUUGGGCCCUGGCACAGUAACUGUGACUGCGAAAUCUUCAUUUGAAGAAGCUUUUUUAGGUCUGCAGAAACUGAUGUCAGCUGUGAAUGAUAUCCGGGAAGGAAUUAGUAGAAUUUUGACCCCAACCAGUAGUUUCCAAGAUAUUUGGAUCCUCUAUAACUUCCUUAUAAGCAACGAGAUAAAUAACAGUGUGAAAUUCACUGCUGAGGAGCUUUAUGAGUGUGUUUCACAAGAGGUUUAUUGGAAAAGGUUAGAAGUUGGAUGUUGCCAGCUGGCUCAGCUGGAACACACCAUUAAGCAGUGCCAUGCAUCAGUUCAGACGGAAGCCAAGAACAGGGGCUGGCUGUGACGCCUGGGUCAAGGUUUGGAGCUGUGCUGCUCACCCCCUGCGCUUGCCUUGUCCAAAUAAAGUCUUAACUCCUGUGGGGUGUAUGAGGGAAAUAUUCGAGGACUCAAAAAAUCUGCCUUCUGUUUUCUCGAUGGUGCUGUUUUGUAUUUGAGUUGAAGGAAAAAAACCAAACAACUAGUUGCAGUUAUACAUGAAAUGUCAGAAUUUCUGCUAAGAAUCACCAGCUAAUAGUUUUCUGUCUCAAGCGAGGGUCUCUGGAUUGAUACAGCUGGUUUGGUACACAGAUGUGCUGGGCUGGUGUUCUAAAUUACAAAUGUUUGGAGCUAGAUCUGUUAAUGGUUGUAUAGGAAAAUCCAUGUACGGCAUUUGUUUGCUGAAGUGACAAGUGAGAAAAAAGAAUACUGUGGCACCUGGGGGCCUGAAAGGACAGAAAGGAAAGCAGCUGAGUACCAAGCCAGAUACCCAUUAUGCUUGCUAACCCUGAGGGCAUGAAGGGCUAACAUGCAGAUGCAGUAUGUAGCCUAUGUAGUGAACUACAGGAUACAUAAGGCUUAAGAGAGGAUAGCAGAUGGGGAAAGAAAGAAAUGGAUUUAUGCUAAUAUGUAUUUAUAUAUAUUUUAUUUUUUUUUUAACCCGAAACACACCACCACCACCCCCGUGCAGGUAUGUUUGUCCUGGUCCUCUUUUGGAGGAAAGGGAUGUUUUUCCUUUGUUAAAAUAUCUACUUAAUCUUCAUACAGCAGAAACCUGCUCUCCAGGUGCCACCUCUUUUAAACCUAUUUUGUUGCUUUCCAAAACUGCUUUAAGCCCAUGAAACUUUCUAAAAGCCAUUUUCAGUGCUGCUGUGGCCUUUGAAGCUACCUCUUCUAUACAUGUAUUUGUACAGAGAUGAGAUGACCAGCAGAGUUCUAUAAGUGUUUAUUUUGGUAUUAACUUUUGGAUGUAUUUGUAAAAUCUUAAUUGUAAAAAAUAUUAUUUAUUGUUACAGUAAAUGGCUGUUAAUUCUA